CCGGAAACGUGCCUGCAACAUUCCAUCCAAAUCGAAUCAGGCGGCGCCGCACUACCUCGACAUGGUGGAAGUGGUGCACACGACAGGGACCCUUGUGAAUGACCGCAACCAGACACUGUGGUACCAGAAGCUCGUACCGCAGCAAAUGGAGCUGCGGGGCUUGUUACUGUUCAUCCACGGCAUUUUGGAGCAUUCGUCUCGCUACACCGAGUUCUUGAACACUCUGGCGGCGGCGGGAUUUGCCGUGUACGCUCUUGACUUGAUUGGGCAUGGACGCAGCGAAGGGGAACGCGGGUACUUUGACCGUCACACGGAUGUUGUGGAUGAUGUGGAUCGUGUUCUCCAUUACGCCAAGGCGGAGCUGAAGGAGUCGCAUCCCAACAUCAACAAGAUAAUCUUAGUUGGUCUGUCCUUUGGGGGUCUCGUGACAAACUUGACCCUGCUGAGAAAAACGCACGAAAUCCACGCUGCUGUCCUCUGCGCCCCCGCCAUCAACGUACCACGGACGUUCACCUUGAAUGUUCAAGCGUAUUUUGGGUCCAUCUUGUCGGACAACUUUCCCAAGUGGCGCGUGGUGCCUGGCGUUGAAGCGACUGCGCUGUCGGCAGAGUCGGAUGUGCUGGCCGCGCGAGAACAAGACGACCUCAUCACCACGGGACUCAUGUGUGCCCGCGUCGGCAACGAAAUUUUGCUCGCGUUUGACCACGUGGACCAAUCCAAGCACAUGAUCACACUUCCUAUCUUGAUUGUAGUUGGGACGUUGGAAAAGGUGGUGUGCCCCAAGAGCAUCGAGGGCUUCCACCGUGACAUUCCUAGCACCGACAAAGAGCUCAAGGUGUUCGACGACAUGGGACACUCGCUCUUGAGCGAAGCUAACCGCGGCGCUGUGUUUAGCCACAUCACGGCGUGGCUCACCACUCGAUUCGACCUUGUCGCAUAGGAAACAUGUGGGAAGGAGCUGUUUGUACUUUGUGUUUCGCCACUUGACACAACUGAAAUAUACGUAAUGCAUCUGCUGUAACCACGAGUAGUUUGCCUUGUCGAGCGAGGAGUCGUACACCCAGAUCGUGUCAACAUUGAACGAUUUGGUAGUGCUGUACCCAAGUCGAUUUGUAUUGGUCAAUAUAAAUGCAUUAUUUUGUGCUAGC